AGUAUCAACUUGGUCACCAGGGAGUUCAGAACAUGGAGCUGCCUACUGGGAGGAGUCGACUGCUCUGGCAGCUACUGCUGCUGCUGCUAUCGGGCGCUUGCCACGCCCAGUUCGAUGAGGUGCAUGACGAGAGUGAAGCUUGGCUCCAGGGUGUGUACACGCCGCAGCCUUUGCGGGCGGCACCUUGGCAGCUGAAGCCGGUUACACCACCGCCGCCGCCACCGCCGCCAAGUGGCGGAGUGCUUGUGCCCGGCGUGGGUCAGGUGAUUGGUCAGCAAGGCUAUAAGUUCAUUAAGAACCGACCCAUCGAUGCGUUCUUGGGCAUACGCUACGCCCUGGUGAACAGCGGCCUCGGACGUUUCCAGGCCGCCACAGCGGCGCCCUACCAGCCGAUCAUCAAUGCAACCCAAUCGAGCCCCAACUGUGCCCAGUUCCCGGAAGUGCAGCGCCUGCAGGCGGCCGAAUCGCGCGGCGAGAACGUCGACGAUUGCCUUACUCUGGAUAUCUAUGCGCCCGCCGGCGGACGCGAGCUGCCCGUCCUGGUCUUUGUGCACGGCGAGAUGCUGUUCGACGGCGGCGCGGAGGAGGCGCAGCCCGACUACUUGCUCGAGCACGACGUGAUCCUGGUCUCCGUCAACUACCGACUGGCGCCCUUCGGCUUUCUGGCCGCCCUCACCGAUGAGCUGCCCGGCAAUGUGGCUUUGUCGGAUCUGCAUCAGGCCCUCGAAUGGGUGCAGCGCAACAUUCGUUACUUCGGCGGCGCCAGCGGCCAAAUUACGGUCGUUGGACAGGCCGGCGGCGCCACGCUGGCCCACGCACUCAGCCUGAGCCCCAAGACGCAGCACUUGUUCCAACAGCUCAUUCUGCAGUCGGGCACUGCCCUGAAUCCCUAUCUGAUCGACGAAAGGCCACUGGACACGCUGGCCACCUUCGCUCAGCUCGCUCGCUGCCCCAGCGCUGGCCGCAACCUCAGCCCGCUCUACGAAUGCCUGAGACGCCUGCGCACAUCCCAGCUGGCCAGCAUCUUUCAGCAGUUGCUGCAACAGAACGAGCCGCGCGGCCUCAGCUUCUUGGGCGGCUUCAAGCUGGUGGUGGGCGACGCCCUGGGCUACCUACCUGAGCAUCCGGCGGCUCUUGUCGCCAGCAACAGUGCCAACAAUACGCUAAAGCCCGCUAUUAUCGGUGCCACCAAGGAUGCCAGCGCUUUUAUAGUGUCCCGCUUCUACGACCAAAUUCAGCGCUUGCAGUCGCAAAAUAUCAGCGAUUACAUCAACGUGGUGCUGCGACACACGGCCCCGCCCCAGCAGCAUAAGAUAUGGCAUGACUUGGCUGUUCGCGAGAUCUUUACGCCAGAGCAGUUGCGUUACGUCACCGCCCGCAGCGUGUCGCAGGGCUUGGUGGAGCUGAGCAAUCUCAUAUUGUAUCGGGCGCCCGUUGUCUACUCGAUUCGUUCGUCCUAUAAGAAGAAUCCCACCUAUCUGUACACCUUCGACUAUCGCGGCGAGUAUCAUCGCUUUGCCCACUUUGGCAAUCCGCUGCCCUUCGGCGUGGAUGCCUCGCUGAGUGACGACUCCGUCUAUCUGUUCCCCUAUCCGAAGGAUGCUAGCAAUUUGAAUCCCGAGGAUAAGUCGCUAGCCCGCGCCCUAGUUGCCAUGUGGGUGAGCUUUGCACAGACUGGCAUUCCGAAUCCGAACCCUAACGUAUGGCCCAAGGCGUCAUCGGAGUAUGGCCCAUUCUUGCGCUUCACCAAUUCGCGGCAAAGCAUUUUGGAGCUGGACCAGCACUUUGGCGAGAGCAUCAAUGUGCCUAACAUAUAUGCUCAGUACUUCAACACCACCAGCACCAGCACCAGCACCACCACAACAACCACAACAACAACCAGGCGUCCGUAUUACCCCCAGCAACCUUACAGACCGCCUCAGCAGCCCGAGUACAGACCACCUCCACUGCCCGAGUACAGACCACCUCCACUGCCCGAGUAUAGACCACCUCAGCAGCCCGAGUACAGACCACCUCCACUUCCCGAGUAUAGACCACCUCAGCAGCCCGAGUAUAGACCACCCCAGGUGCCCGAGUACAGACCACCAGCCUUCAACGAUUACUACGCCAGGCAACAGGAGGUGCGCAGGCAACAGUUGCUGCGGGAGCAGGAGGAGCGGGAGCUGAAGCUACGCGAGCAACAGGAACGAGAACAGCAACAGCAGGAGGCGCUCCUGCGCGAGGAGGAGGAACGUCAACGCGAAGAGCUGCAACGCCAAGCAGAGCUGCAGCGAGAAAAACUGCUGCGGGAACAAUUUGAGCGAGAACAGCGACAACGUGAGGAGCUGGAGCGCGAGAAUGCGGCUAGGCAAGAUGUGGACGAAGACAAUGAGGAUGAACCAGAGCUGCAGCAGAGUGAAUAUGAACUAAGGCAACAGCAAGAGCGAGAGCAGGAACGCGAGCAACAGCCACAGCUGGCGGACUCGGAAGAGCAACGUCUGCAGCAGGAGCGCGAGGAGCAGGAGCGGGCGCAGGAGGAACGCGAUCAGGAAUCCCGAGAGCAACAUGAACGUGAGCAGCAGCAACGCGAGCAACUGGAGCGAGAACAGCUGGAGCGAGAACAACAGGAGCGAGCGCAGCAAGGGCGAGGCGAACAGGCAUUCCCUGCGGAUGAUGAAAAUCCGCCAGACCCAAGCGCCUAUCCGACCUACGAGGAUUAUGUCAAAGCCUACACGAGCUGGGUAGAAGAACUCAACAAUCGCGACAACCCAGAGAACUUUGCAAGUGCUGAGCAAGAGGGUUCGCCUGACGACGCGCCAUUCAACGAUCUUUAUGCCCAGCCUGACGAAGAUCCUCUGUACUCCGAUAACACACCACGACGAAUUAAGCUCAUGCGCAGAUAUCGGCGACCUAGCAUCUAAAUAUAAACAUAGAAAGUAAA